UAUAAAUAAAACGCUUUGGUCAACAUAAUUUUAUUGCAAUAUUUUUCUUGUUAUUUGAAUAAUUUAUAAUAUCUUCACCAUGUCCGAGGAUGCUAGCACGUCUUCAUUUGGAUUUAAGAAACGAAAUAUUAGGAAACCAGCCACCAUACGUCGCAAACAAAGUAGUUCCGAAUCAGAGAAGAAUAGCGAUGGCGAAACUACCUCAGCUGUUGUGCGUAGUGAUAAUUCACGUAAACGGUCAAAUCCCAAUUUUCAAAGUACCAAACAAUUGAUCCACAAGAGGGAACGCAAAACUGAGGCUUCCUCGGAAAGUGGGAAUGAAGAAGAAGAUAACAAAAUUGGUGUAUCCUAUAAGUCCAAACGAAGUGCCUUGCCAAGUGGUCCCCAAGAUCAGGGGGCCACUUCUAUAAAUGAAACAGACACAGCACAGGAUCGUGAUGCACAAGCUUUGCAUGAGAAAAUGUUGAAAAUUAAUAAAGAACUUGAAGGCAAAGCAGAUGAUAAAGUCUAUCGCGGUCUUAAUAACUAUGCGCAAUACUAUAAAAAAGAAGGUACAGCACAAGGAAAUGCCAGUUCAGGAAUGGUUAGGAAAGGACCGAUUCGUGCACCAGCGCAUUUGCGUGCCACUGUGCGGUGGGACUAUCAGCCGGAUAUAUGUAAAGAUUAUAAAGAGACCGGUUAUUGCGGUUUCGGCGAUAGUUGUAAAUUUUUGCAUGAUCGAAGUGAUUAUAAAGCUGGUUGGCAAUUGGAACUCGAUCAUGCUGCACAGCAACGUGGUGAAGCGGAGUCCGAUGAGGACGAUGCGAAAUAUGAAAUACAUUCAGAUGAGGAAACGUUGCCGUUUAAAUGUUUCAUAUGUCGAAAUAGCUUCGAAAAUCCAGUGGUGACAAAGUGCAAGCAUUAUUUUUGCGAAAAAUGUGCUUUGGAAAAUUAUAAAAAGUCUCAACGGUGCAUAAUUUGUUCACAACAGACAAAUGGUAUUUUUAAUCCUGCGAAGGAGCUAAUAGCGCGUUUUAAGAAUGAACCUGAAACUGGGAAAUGCGUUUCAUCUGACAGUGAUUAGCCUUAAGAAACUCCGUAGUUAACAUACAUAUACAUAUAUUAAGUUGUAAGUGUAUAAAGUUGUCAUUGGAAAUUA